GUCGGGAGCGCCGCGCAAGCGUGCUGGCUGAAUUGCACUUAUAAUCUUGCAUAUCAGUUUAAAAUUAAAAUAAAAAAACAUAAAUCCCGCCAAUUAUCCACUGCGAUUUGAAAAAAUGGAACGCGUUCGGAUUCACUGACGAAAAUGCGAUAUCGUUUUCAGUUAUGGUUUCUAUGUUUUAUAAAAUUAUUACAAUUGUAAGUGCUGUGUAUUGACUUUUUGUGUUUUGUUUAGUGAUACCGUGAUAAGGUGAUGCCAAGUGGAUAUGGGUGUGAUAAUGAUAUCUGUUGGGAUUGGAUUACUCGAUGCAUCAGGUUUAAUGAACAGGCGACAUGGAGUAUGUGCGUAAAAGAUGGCCGCCCACAUCAGUAAGAGAAAAACAAACGAUAAAACAUAAAAUGAAAUGGAAUUGCCCACAAGUGUACACAGACAUUUCAAAUUAAAAUUGCCAAUGAAUAAUGUAAAUUGAAAUUUGAACAUUAUAAGAUGAUUGAUGAAGUGAUAAGUGAAAGGUGAAGUGUUAAGGGAAGUGACGAUGGAUUAAUAGAUGCCGCUGUGAUGGGGUGUGGACAGAGCAAAAUUAACCUCUAUCCAAGGAAAAAUAAGAAUGGGGGGAAAGGACAUAGCGCGAAAAAGUCAGGCGCGGUGGACAAGGAAGCUGACGAGGAAGAAGGCACGGCGGGGGGAGCGGCGCCUGCUGACGAGACGGAAGAUGAUGAACAGAGCAAGCACAUAUUGCCGCUCGCUACACACCAAUCCACCAUUGAGGUGUCAGCCAGCCAACAGGACUUUUUCAAAAUGCUCGAUGAAAAGAUUGAAAAGGGUAAAGACUACGAUUCAUCUAGCGAGUCAGAACUACGACUAGAGCACGAGCGAAGGCGAAUGCUUAUAGACCAAUGGCGGUCUACUUCGCAGUCGUCGCAGUCUUUCCAUUCGCAACCAAGUCCUCCCACACCUGCGAGGAGACGCGUCCCCAGGCCCGUGCCCCUACCUCCAGAAAGACAAAAUAGUCCUGGGGCUGCACGACGAUGCUACAGACAACAAUACGUCCCUGACGGUAUGUCACCGCCCCCAAGAAGAGCCCAGAGCGCGCAGUCACACCAUCACGACCCACGGGGUCAAAUCAAUGGGGACAACUGGCAGGAUCCGUCCAAGUCACCAGUAAAAAGACCACAAAGUGCCGGUGCUAAUUGGAAGAAUAAUCCCAAAGUAGCUCCAUACAAUCAAAAACCAAAGAAAAACGAAGCCAACGAACAACAGAGAUCCAACCAGAAAGAUGAUUCUGGAUUUAGUCAAGAAGUUUCUCAAAUAACAUUCAAUCCAACAUUCCAAAGUCACAGUCCUGCCCAUUCGGCUAAAUCACAACAACCUUAUGUCGCACAAAUAGUCAACUAUCCCGUAACACAGCAGGUCACCCCGCCAACCACUCCCAAAUAUAUAGCGCCUCCAGAGGAAUACCAAGAUCCUCAAACUAGUGUAGAUAACAAAUUUAGUAAUAUACAAAAUCAAAAUCAAGGACAAACGCCGGUAACACAAGCAAAUUCACAGUCUCAUAUAUACUAUAUUCACGGGAAUGCGACAACCAGUGUCUCGCAUCCAGAUUUGGCUCAACAAAGACAGCAAACAGUAAUACGUUUACAGCACUACGUUGCUAUGAAACAAGCUCAGCAGCAAAUGUAUACUUACAUGGCAAGAGGUCCACACACGGUCUACCCUAACGUGGAAUAUGGUCAACCUCCAAAUAGAAUGUAUGAAGGAGAAGAAUAUGUUUCCCAAUAUCCUCAUCAGGCAAUAAGACCACACAGCGCCCCGACCCCCGUAGGAGUCGUGAGACCCAUGCCCGUAGCUCCUGGAUGUAAUAUGCCUGAUGGAUCGCAUAUGGUACAGAUGCCGAUAUGGUCGCAUAUGACCCCGGUCGUAUCUACGAUGGGCCCGUGGGUAGCUGGACAGGUACCGCCGGAGAUGCAGUAUUAUCCUCAAUCCCAAUUUAUGCCUAUGUGUAGGCCAAACUCUGCUGGAUCCGCAGGGACAUUAACAAGAUAUCACAAGAAAGACAGUGACGAUGGAGUGAAGGACAAUUUGUGCCAAAGUAUAAAUCUAGUCAGGCAGAAGCCGAUCGGGCAGAUCGUGUCUAUUCCUGGUCAGGAUCUGACGCUGUGCAACAACCCGAGUGACAGUCCAAGCCCUGCUUCUGUUAGUACCGACAGCGGGGUUUCCCCUGGGAAUAGUGUUCCCAGCUCCAAAAAUUUUGGCUUUAGCACCCCUUCAAGCGGAUCUGAUACUUACGCUGUAGAAAAUAAAAAUAAAAAAAAUAAAGCGAUACCCUUCACCGCGAGAUCUUUAAAAAAUUCAAAGAGUUUAGAUUCUUAGUAAGGAUUUGUAAGUAUGUAGAUUUUCUAAAUGUAUGUAGCGUCUAGCCGGCGAUACUAUGUAUAGUGAAAUUAGAUUCCAAAGUGCUUAUCUUUGUAUAUUUGUGAUUUUAUUCCAACAAUUCUUUGGUGAAUCGAUGUUACAGUUGCUCUUGACAUUGUAGUUUUCCAUUAAUAUAAACUUUGAGAUUGAUAUUGUUCUGAUACAUAUGUAUAAAAAUUUCUGCGAUGAACAAAUGAAUUGAAUGUCUAUGUAAAAAUCUUUCCAAAAACUGAUUGAGCUGCGGAGUUAUCAUUGUUGACUAUUUAUUUGUUAAUUUUUUUUUAUGGAAGCGCGUAAUACUUGUUAUAAUUUUUUGUAAUUUAAAAUUUAAACUUAUAGAAACUAUCUAAAUGUAUGUUUAGAUAAAGAAUUGUGUAAUGGUACCUCAAAGUGCCCAAUGAUGCAUUUUAAAUAUCCAAUAAU